AUGAAGCUGACCCUGGACCAGUUAUCAGCCCAGCUCAGCUUCACUCCUCUGCUGCAUGUAGAGAACGCCACACAGGCCAGACUCAACAACAAGCUGACCAGUUUGUUAUGGACGGUCCAUGAGCCGACCACGGUGGCUCUGACACUCAUGUACUGCCUGUCCUUCCUGGUGGGGUUCGUAGGGAACAUCAUGUCAAUGAAGGUGCUGACCAACCGACGUAGCGAGAGGCUAGCCGCGGUCAGCGCCACACGGUACCUCCUGGUUAACCUGGCGGUGUGCGACCUGGCCGUGGUGUGUGUCUGCAUGCCCAUAACGCUGGGUCACCAGAUCUACUCGGCCUGGGUCUACGGGGACUUCCUGUGCCGAGCGGUCCCCUUCACCCAGGCCGUCUCCGUGUCGGCUAGCGUGCUAACGCUAACGGUCAUCAGCGUCAACCGUUACUUCAGCGUACGCUGCCCGCUCCGCGCCCGCUCCCUCUUCACCCGCCGCCGGAUCCUCGGGACGGUCGCCGUGGUGUGGGUGGUGUCAUCGGCGAUCUGCGCCCCAUUGGUGUUCAUGAACCGGCGAGAUGAGAUCAGCCUUGGGGCGUCGUUUGUGAUCCCUGUGUGCCAGGAGGUGUGGCCGGGGCCACGUCUGAAACAGGGCUACACCGUCCUGCUCUUCGUGGCGCUCUACUGCAUCCCCGUGACCUUUAACCUCACCAUCGGCUUCCUGACUGGCCGCCGGCUCUGGGGGGACGGGAAGCGGACGUUUACGGAACUCGACUCCCGAAGCCGAGCGCUGCACACUGAGCGCCUCAAGACGAGGAAGAAGAUCGCCAAAAUGGUGGUGUCCCUGGUGCUGCUGUUUGCAGUUUCCUGGCUGCCCCUGUAUCUGGCUGAGUUCUGGAUCGACCGAGUGCAGCAUCCGCCAUCUUGGCUCAUGCAGAGCCAGCCCUUUGCCCAGUGGCUGGGCCUCACCAACUCCAGCCUCAAUCCUAUCUGCUACUGUUUCAUAGGUGAUCUCCACCGGGGGGCCAAGGUGUUCCGUACCCACUACCACCGCCGGAUCGCUGCUCUCUUUGGUUCCUCUUUCGCCAACUCCGCCACGACCACUGCCGCCGAGGGAGGAGUAGCCGCGGCAACCGUGGCCGCGUCCACGGCAGCCAUUCCCAAGUUGUUUACCUUUUCCAGGGGGGAAGGGGGGCCAGACAAGAUGGAGGACGGGUCUGAUAACAGUCUGUCUGACUGGUACAAGUCCAGCCCCAACAGUUGGGAAACUACACCCAUUGGCUCACUGCCUGUGAUUGACAGCCCACGGUGA